AUGCCGAGCGACGGGGAUUGGCCCGAGGGAUUCUCUCUAGACACACGACGGGGAUACUCAACGCAACUGAUCGGUUUGUCCAACGAGACGGACCCUUUCCUCCUACGUCACUUUCAGUAUGACAUGUUUGAUAAUUAUUACAUGUGCCGACUGAUCUACCGCAAGAUGACAGAUGAUGUGACUGUGCAAAGCCAUAUUAACAGUUCUACUGCGGGCGGGACUCCGGAGGUCCCGGCCAGCGAGGUCCCCGUCCAUUUUCAAGUGUUCGACGACUCGAUAUGUGACGAGAACGUGAAAGCGAUAGAGAGGGACUUUUCGGUCUACAAUUCCGAGGCGGAGGAUUGCGAUCUGCUUUAUAAGAUCGUUCCAAAGAGCUUAGGCUUUCGGCUUUCAAACCUCUUUUUCAAAUUUGUUCAACCAUCAUAUCCCGUCUUUUCCGCGCGAGACUAUGAGCGAAUCAACACUAACGACGGAUAUGAUCUUCCCGUGGGCCUCAAGGCAGCGAUGUAUGCCUUGGCCAUGCCAUUUUGCUUCAUGGACGACCAGCUUUCCGCAUCUCUGGUUGGUCCAACUUUGCCUGCUACUAUUGCAGAGGCCCCCGCAAACUUUGCUGUCGGGGAUUUACCAGGGUUAUGGGCCUUGUCCUGCUCGGCCCUCGCAGCUGCCGAGUCAUUGGGACUACAUUUGGACCCAUCGAACUGGCGCCUGCCGCGGUGGGAAGCUCGCCUGCGGAAGCGACUGUGGUGGAUUGUAUACUCUGAUCAUACCUGGCGUGCAUUGGUCUCCGGGCGCCCUUCCCAUCUGAGGUCCGAUAGCUGGAUCGUUCCAAGGCUCUGGCCGGAGGACCUGGAGGCGGAUGAGUAUACGAAUGAAGAGGUCGGCAACGUGAUUCGAAAGCAAAGUGCGUACUCACUCGCGUUGUUCGACUUGAGCAUGAUAGCGAACGAUAUUCUCACCGAUCUGUAG